AACUCAAAACAUCCCGCUGUUUCCAAGGAAGCCCACCAUGUCAGGGCAGUCAGUGCUAUCAUAGCUAGCAAAAUCACAAGGCUACAGAAAUUAAAUUACUAAAUUGUGUACACAGCUAGCUAGACAGUUCUGCGAUUAUAGCUACAUACAUAUCAAGUUUAUUAAUGUUAAUUUCAACGUUAUCUCCUGAAAGGACGCGCAGAAUGAACCGUUUUAAUUCCACCGUUCCAGUUGACGAAUAUCUCGCGGACAGUAAUGUGUUGUUUUACCUGAGUGAUGCAGUGACCCAGCUGCUGGAACAUAAAGAGGAAUACAUCCAGUUUGGGGUUAUCCGCUACUUUGCUGAAUAUUUCAGCAGUGUGAAGAACAGUAACCACAUCCUCUUCAGAGAGUAUAGCUACAUCAGGGCCACGCCUCAUAACAGAGUUUCCUUCAUCAGAGUCUUCUGGAGAUGCUUCAGACAGAUCGGCAAGAGUGGAGACCUACUGUCCAUGCUGGAGUUCAGGUCUCUGCUGCAGUUAUUAUGUCCAGACUUCCCAGUGGAGAUGGUGCAGAGUGCAGCCAGAAUUGCUCUGGUGGACGACGCCAUAGAUUGUCUGAUGUCUUUCUCUGAUUUUCUUUAUGCCUUCCAGCUGCAGUUCUACUACCAAGAGUUCCUGGACAGCGUGCUGGUGAUCUACCACGAUCUGUUAUCAGGGAAGAGUCCCAACACUGUGAUCGUUCCCACAUCCACCUCCCUUGAGCAGCUCCCCUCUGUGGCCGCAGAGGAGAACGAUAAAGAGGAGCAGCAACAGGACGGGGUGGAGCCAUCCACUCUGGCUCAGUGUAUAGACGCCCUCUGUGACAGGUUCAAACGCAGUCAUCCUCCCAGGUCCUGUAUGAGGGAAGCACUAGGACAGACUGACAAAGUCUCUUACUACAGCUUCCUAAUGAGCUUGGCUAAACAUGAGACCAUCAACCAAACUAUUGGAGCAUUACCCAGCAAGGCAGACUUGCUUAUUGACCCAGAGAUGGACCAGGAACUGGACAAACUAAUCGCCCAGAUCUCAUUAAGUCCUGGCAGCAACAGCAGUGGCAGUGCAGUGGGGGGACUGAAGGAGGUGCAGAGGAAGGCCUCCCCCAGGAGGAACAUCCACCACAGGAGGAAGAUGGAGGUGGAAAGCGACGGCUCCACAGAAGAGACAGACUCCUCUGAAAACUGACCUCUAACCUUUCACCAGUCUGUGACAUGUCACCUUCCGUUUUAAGUCCAGAACACACUGUAGCUGUAUGGUACACAUCAAAACUUUCUUGCUCAUUAUUUGCUAUGUAAACCCACACACUAGUAGUGGAUAAGUGCACAUCGGUGCAAGAGAACACUACAACCUGCGACGCCAUACGCCAUUGUCUUCUUUUUGUCCAGCAUUGAUGUCCAGAAAAGCAGUGAGUGAUUAAGUAAAAUGACAAUCAGAAUAACCCUCAAUACAGGGCAGCACUCUAGAUUCACUAUUCAAGUGACAUAUUGUUCUUUAUAUGCUGUGUGGUGCUGAUGAUGUGUAAGUCUCAUGUCUGCUCAUGGUCAUGUGACACGCCGCUACUCUGCAGUGUAUUUUGAAUUUUAUGUAAUCUCCAAACAAAAUGUUUGUAUUCCCAUCAAUAUUGGUUAGUAGUAAUGUUAUUUCUUUUGCUGGUAACAAGUACAAUAUAACCAAGUGGAAUAUCAGCAAUAACACUCAAUGACAAAUAUUUACAAUUUUCCCUGAAAUUUUGUUGUCAUGUUGGAGAAAACUCUGAAACAGCAUUUACACCAUAUCAUCAUGAAACACCAAAACUCUCCACAAAUUAAUAAAGUACUAACUUAACUAAUAAAGUUGUCUUAGGAACUGUUAGUUAGCUCCUCCUUAUUAAGCAAAACAAGGCAGGUUUCAUUGCUGGUUUUACAGAGUGACCAGACUAAAAGAUAGAAACCUCUGUCAUAUUUGAGGUGGAAUUAUUGCCUGUAAAUGCUUGAUUUACUAACUGCUGCUUUAAAUCUUUCCAUUAAAAGGGUGGCCACAACACUGGACAUUAACACUAUAAGUUCCCUGAAGAAAGUAAAAAGUAUUAUAAUAAGUCAUUGAUUGCAAUGACAGAUACAUGUUCUCUGUGUUUCUCAAUCUGUUGUGUUGAGCAUGUUAAAGAAGGAAUAAUUCCUGCCUGUUCAUAACCUGCAGUGAACAGCUCAAGCAUCAACUAUAUCUACAGUGCUAUUUUUUAUUUAGUAAAGUUCUUUAUUUGUUAAUCUGCACAACAAUUACAGUGAAAUUCUUUCAUAUUAUAUCAGAAAUCUCAGAAAAAAGUUUCUUUCCUGAGAGAUUUUUUUAUAUUAUAUAGUUUGCCUAUAUACAUAUGAAAAUAUGCACAGCAUUUUAAUACUUAUAUUACAUUUAAUUAGAAUUUUAUAUCUUUGACAUUUUAUCUUUUUUUAAAUUAUUAUGCUAAUUAUCCUAUAGACACUAUCCUCCAUCACAUCCACCAUUUAAAAUAUGAGUAUGUGAUAAAUUAAUCUUUGAAAAAAAGCAAGGGUUGUUACAACUGCCAAAGUUUAGUCUUCCAGCGUAUUCAUACAUAGCAGUAAGUCUGAAAGUAGCCAAUGUAAAUAAAAUCCAGUUAAAAAUCAUUUAUAAAAAUGUGGUAAACUUACUUAUAUUCUAUAAAAAGAAGGUCAUUUGGUUCCAACUAAAGAACAUGUAUUCUAAAUGCAGUUGUAAACGUGAUUUAUUGACAAGAAUAACCACCAUUAUUAUCACCAGUCUGUGCAUCUUCUGUGCGUCUUCAUUUUAAAACAUCAAUAUCAUGCAGUGUUACACCCAGGUUUUGGUCAAACCAACAGCAUACAAUAAUACGUCCUAUACAAACAUACAUACAUACAGUAUCUAUAAAGGAUAUAUCUAUAUUGAUGAGUCACAAAAGUGGAAUACAUAGAAAGGACACUUUCUGGUGGAUCAGAGCAACUUCCUGUGGUGCACCUCAGAUGGCUGGCAUGGAAAUGAACAUGUGGUGGACAGUACACUACAUGAGGACUUUUAAAUAGGCUUUUCCUUUCUUCCAGGCCAUUGAUCUUCAUUCAUUUUAGUGUGCUCCUCAAACAACAGAGACUUGAAACUUGAAAUGUGUAAUCCAUCAUAGUGAACUUCCUGUAUGCUUAUAUUUUGACAAUGUAAAAUUUCUGUUGCAUGAGAGAAUUGUUUUCAUACUGUUUCUGAAAUUAAUGGAAGACAAUGGUUGUCUGAAAGGCAAGAAAUGGUAUUUUUAGUCAAAGAAAAGGUUUGCCCUGUGUAAAGGGUGAUACAGGUUUUGGAGACCAAGACCACUAUUUUCAGAUAGAAGCUACAUGCCUUGUACGGCUUGUCAGUACCUUUAACCAUUUUCAUGCCAAGAUAUAAAAGUAUUCAGCAUUG